GUUCUGAAUCGCCUAGCAAGCGGUGCGCUGCCUAGACCAGAGGCACCGACGUCAUCACGAUGUCGCUGUCCGCACUCUUUUUCUAGCAACCAAAACAUGACCUCAGUGCAGAAUUUGCCCUCGCAAUCCCAGAAGUCUUAUCCUUACACACACAACUAUCUUUGCGCUGUGAACUCAUCCAUCUGCUCACCCCCACAAUCGGCCAGAGAUUGCGAGGACGCUCAGAAUGCGCAUCACCUUCAUUCUCGCCGCCCUGACGGCCACUGCUACUGCAAGCACAUGGUUUGGCAAAGCUGCAUAUAACAAAUGGCAUGAAACCGAGCUUGAGCGCUGGCUGUCAGAUCACAACGUGCCGUAUCCGACUCCCGCAGAUCGUAAGGAUCUCGAAAACCUGAUCAAGGAUAGCUGGAAGAAUCAAGUUGUCGAGCCCUACAGCAGCUGGGACACUAAGCAGCUUCAGGCUUACUUGACACUUAAAGGCAACCAGGCCUCUAAGGGUGCCGAAAAGAACAAAGACAAGCUGCUCGAGCAGGUUAAGUCAACCUGGACCGAAACUGAAGACUCGGCUGCGUCUGCAUAUACCAGCGUCAAGGACUGGAUCCUUGACACUUGGUCAGAGUCUCAACUCAAGGCCUUCUUAGACAAGCACGGUAUUCCUAACCCCCAGCCGAGCACUCGUGACAGCUUGUUGGCUGCUGCACGAGAGAACUUCAACGCAAUCGCCGCGAAGGCUGGUGAGACCGCUUCAUAUCCAGGUGACUGGCUCUACAGCACCUGGUCAGAGUCAGAACUGAAGGCCUGGUGCGACGAACGCGGCAUUCCUGUCCCGCAACCAUCAUCUCGGGACAAGCUCAUCGCUUCAGUCCGUCGCAAUAGCCGUAUUGCUUCCAACAACCUCGCUGCAUUUUCAUCCUCUAUUUCUGCCUCGGCUGCCUCUGCCACGCAGAGUCUAUCCGAUGCUCUCUUCGACUCCUGGAGUGAUUCUCAGAUCAAAGAAUGGGCGGACAAGAACGGAAUACCGGUUCCGCAAGGUAGCAAACGUAACGAAUUGCUAGCACUGGCUCGCAAACACCGCGCUAAGCUCACUGGAGACAAUGUCUCAUACAAGGCUUCCUCAGCCUUUGGAGCAGCAACCUCUUCUGCAGGCAAUCAAUUUGCGCACGCCACUUCUGCCGCUUGGGACUACGUUGAGUGGAUUCGGCGUCAAAUUGGACUCGGUGCUGCCCAGGCUAGCAAAUCGGCCACUUCCAUGACAAGUGCGGGCUAUGAAUCGCUCACCUCCGCUACAGAUGCCGCCGGAAAGUCUAUUAAGUCAGCUGCUAGCGCGGCGCAAAAGAGCGCUUCCUCAGCAUCUUCGAUUGCUUCCAAAUCCGCUAGCUCAGUCCUUUCAAGUAUUUCUUCGGAAGCGUCAAAGGCAUCAUCCUCUGCAUCGAGGGCUGCCUCGGCCAAAGGUUCGAAGUCGGCACAGAAGGCUGGAGAUGCUGCAGCUGAAUCCGUCACAAAAGCUAAACACCGCAUCAUUGAGCAAGCUCAGCGUGCUACAAACUAUGUCAAGGAGGAAUUGUAAAACAAUCCUACUAACUCGAGACCUCAAAUCAUAAUUUGAGACUGGUCAACGUCUGCUAAGUAUCUCUCUUCCUAGGAACGAGCUACCAUUUUCAAGCAUUUCCAUGUUAAAGGCAGUGGUCGCAUGCUAUGUGGUCUUGACCUAUUUGACACGUAGGCUUUCAUAUCGAACGAAAUUCUCGACUGCUAUCAAAGCAUGGCUGACACUUACAUGUUAUGCUACUACUUCUAACUGGAUGGCGGGCAUGGUAUAUGGCUUUGACGGCGGGAUUCUUUGCUCUCUGGGUAGGACUUCAUAGUCAGGCGAGGCAGAAUUGGUUACGGUGAUGUCAAAAGGUCGCUAGCCUGAAGCUGGGAUCCGUAGCACAGUAAUAAUUCAUUCUUCAUUGUUUGCAACAUAAGAUCUUACUCCGACUAA